UAAAUAAAGAACCCAGAUGGGUGAUUUGCUGCAGCGAGAUCUACCCUCGAAUUUUACAAUCGUCUUAUUGUUUACAAAAAUGUUAUUAUCAGUAAUGGAGGAGUCUUCAAUGCCGCACCAUCCCACGGAAACCCACUACCGUUUUCAAGUGUUCCAGUCUGAUGAGCAACAGCUUUGGAAAGAUACGCGAAGGGCUGGCAUAAGACGCUCUUGCAUUGAAUCUGUUAUAUCGCAUUUUAGGUGGCUAAUUGGUUUAUAUGUGGUUCUUUUUGUUGUGACAAUGACGGUUCUGUACUGGCUCUUUGCGGGAAGAAUAUAUUAUUCUUCCACGCCUAGCCUGGCUAAGUGCGAAAAUCCGGAGAUGCGUGAAGGCUUUUUCUGCCAAUACUUCUGGAUUAUCCUACAAAGUCUCAACGGUCCAGCUGGAUGCGUUGGUAGUUUUGGUCCGUGCUUAAUGGGUUCGGGCGUCAUAAGCGAAAUGCAUGCUUGGAGAUUUUUUUCGACGCUGGAAUUAAAGUCGAGGCAGACGCUGAUCAAAUGCUGGAACAGAAGCAGCCAUCUAGAGCAGUACAUUCAGCACUACGCGAUUUGCUGCGCUGUUGGAUGGGUAUGCGCAGUGGCCGUGCAACUGUUCGUUGUCGUACACGAUUUCGACUAUGCGUUAGGCCUGCUGGGGUUGGUGACCUUUAAUUUUGAGAAGAUCUCUGGCCGAGAAUUACUCAUGGCUCCGCUGCUGUCUAUCGGCAUAGCCACUGCGAGUAUAAUUGUCUGCAUGCGUUGUCAGUCAAAGAUUUCUGCGCUGAAGAAGAUGCUGCUGUUUGAGUAUCAUCCUCCUGAAACAGCGAACGCAGUCUGGAACAACUAUGUGCAGAAGAAACGCUGUUAAGAUUGGAUGGCCGAUUCGAUUUGAUGUGCGCAGCCCAUAUCGCGCGGGUGAUUUUUACUGCGUUUACUGCAAAGACGAGCAGUACAUACUGCAUUUUCAAUCUGGAUGCAAUGAUACAAAGGAUUUUUUACUGGACAUACGAACUACGGACAGUCAUCAAUACAGCCGUUCACGGUUACCCAUUGCAUCACCUAAACUACCUGCCACCGAAAGCCGACUUGUAAAUAUUCAUCUGCUUAUUUUUAGAUUUCAGGUACUUCGUAUGCUAAGUUCUCUAACGUCUACGGCUUGCCGGGUCAAAUUGCUGCCGGAGUUGUUUUGAUUUUUAAUACUGUUCACUGUGACCAUUACGUAGUGUUUUUAAUAAUCCAAAUAAAGUGAUGC